AUGCAACCUCAAAAUCCAAAUACACAACGGCCUGAAAAUCAUCCUUACAUGCCAUAUGGCUAUCAAAAUCCUAAUAUGAUGCCACCAAUUUAUGGAAUGCAAUACCCGUAUAAUCAUCCUUAUAUGCCAUAUGGCUAUCAACCAGUUCCUGGAAACAGCUCUCUUCCAUCUCAUGUCAAUUUUCCAAACAUUGAACCGACUAGUGAGCCAAACACACCUCGCUUUAGUAGUGGAUCCACUGAUAUCCCACAAUUUUCUACACAAAUCUCUCUGGGAGAACUUGGUGGGGAUACUCCCCACAGUUUUGAAGCUCCAACCCAACAAUCAGCGAAGAAAGGAAAUUACGCCAGUUGGACUUUUGAAGAGAACAAGUUGUUAUUAACUGGUUAUUUCCACUACAGUACUGACAGUGAAUUGGGUUCAAAUCAAAAGGGUGAUACUUUUUGGGGCAAAAUCUCUGAUUACGUGAAUGAGAACUCCGAUCGUGGGAUACAGAGGAACAUUGUAAAAUGUCAAAGUCAUUUUCGUGACCUCAACAAGAAGAUUAGUAACUUUGUUGGUUGUUAUAGUGCUGCUACUAGGGAGAGACGUAGUGGUUGGUCAGACAAUGACUACAUAUCCAAAGGUCUAGAGUUGUACAGUGAAAACCAAGGUACAAAGUUUCAAUUGUUGGAUGAGUGGAAGUUGGUUCGUCACCAACCCAAAUAUAUCACAGGAGCAACUGAAUCUGGAAGUAGUGGAUCUAAGAGAAAGAGUGGUAGCGAUGACGUUGAUUCUGCUAUUCAUUCCCUUGUACGUCCGGAAGGUAGGGAUGCAACAAAGAAGAAAGCUAGAGCUUCAUCUAGUAAAUCAGUGAGGGUUGUCAGAAAACCAUUUUUAGCUUUUAAGAUUUUAUCAGAAAACCCUUUCUUUAAGACUUGA